AUGGAGACCCAGAUGGAGUCUGUGUGUGGGGGGGGGGGCGAUGCGGAUAGGUGGAGGAGGGGGAGGUCCGGAUCGGGGGCGGGAGACGGGGAAGGGUUUAGGUUUCGGUGCACGGAGGUCGUGGAGAGCCGGCACCAUGACGAGGUGGGCCCCUAUGUGACGAAGAGAGCUCGUGACUACGGCACCUUGGUUGAGUGGAGCGACUGGACCUUCGCGUUCUCGCUCCUGCACACCCCUCUCGAGGAGUUCCUCGGGGAAGCGAGGCGUUUGAGGGAGGUGGCCCUGCGAGUGAAGGAGCGGGGGCAUGGAUACGAGGAGCCUCUGCUUCGACCCUUGCUGGCGGAAAGGCUGAGGGGCUCCACGGAAAAGUUUGACACCAUCCAUCUUGUCGACUUCAGGGAGACGCUGCUGCUGCCUUGCCCGGUCCGGGUGGACCGAAUAACGCCUCUCCUGAGAAACCCUGGUUGCAUCAUGGUCACUGAUGCCAGGGUGUACUUUCAGCCGGCAGAGCUGAACAACGUUGGGGAGCCCGUGGCGUCAUUUCCUCUCGCGGGGGUCCUCCGUGCCUUUAAGCGAAGACAUAUGCUGCGACAAACCGGGCUGGAAAUUUUCAUGGAAGGGGACGGAGGAUCGGCUUUCUUCAACUUCGAGUCUCCCCACCAGAGAGAUGAGUUGUUCGACGUACUAAUGAGCCAGCCCCAGGUGGGACCGCGAGCGCAGUCGGCGAGGGACAUAGAGGCGGAAACCAGACGCUGGCAGUCUGGACAGGUGUCGAACUACGACUACCUGGUGUUCCUUAACACGGUGGCCGGCAGGACGGUGAACGACAUUACACAGUACCCGGUCUUCCCCUGGGUGGUGCAGGACUUUGAGAGCGCCACCCUCAACCUCGAUGACGAACGAGUCUACAGGGAUUUGAGCCGACCAAUAGGAGCGCUCAAUGAUGAGCGGCUGGAGUACUUCCGGACCCGAAUGAGCAACAUGCCGGACCCCGACCUGCACCCUGGACAGGGGAUUCCCCCCCCCUUCCUGUACGGCACUCACUAUUCCACUCCUGGCUACGCCUUGUUUUUCCUGGUGAGGUCAGCCCCUGAAGAGAUGCUGUGCCUGCAGAAUGGGCGCUUCGACGACCCAGACAGGAGCUUCAUCAGCGUCAAGAGCGCUUGGGACUCCGUGCUCAACAACCACGCAGACCUAAAGGAGCUUAUUCCUGAGUUCUACGCGGGUGACGGGUCGUUCCUAACCAACGCGGACGACCUGCAGCUGGGGGUGACGCAGGUGGGGCAGCGAGUCGGGGACGUGGAGCUACCUCCAUGGGCAAGAAACCCCAGAGACUUCGUGCGAAAGAUGCGGCGGGCGCUGGAGAGUCCCCACGUCUCCAGGAGGCUGCACCUGUGGAUCGAUCUCGUGUUCGGGUACCUGCAGAGGGGGAAGGCUGCCGUCGAGGCUGACAACCUUUUUUAUCAUCUCACCUAUGAGGGUACGGUGGACUUGGACACGAUCGACGAUCCCCGAGAACGUGCUGCCCUAGAGUCGCAGAUCUCUGAGUUUGGACAGUGCCCGUCGCUUCUCUUCGCCGGACCGCACCCUUGCCGCGACGAUGCGAAAGGCCGCGUGACCCUGGCCGCGUCGGUGCGCAACGCCGCCGCAGCGACAGCUGCGCCGGCGGCAGUCGCGGCCGACGGGGGGAAUUUCGAGAGCAGGCGCGAGAUGACGCCAGACCCGGCGGACGGCGGCGCCCGACACCAAUCCCCGUUGCCAGAAAAACGCCGAGCGAGCUUCCCCGCCCCUCCGUCAGACUUCUUCACCUCCUCCAACAACAGCGACGGUCUUCAUGCCGCGGGCAGAAGGGCUCUCCCGCAGCAACAACAAUGGUCGGCGGGAGGAGGCGGGCUCUUGUCCUCGUACUCCCAGGGAUCCCCGGCAGCCGCCGCCGCGGCGGCCUCUUCUGCCCUCGCCGUCGGCAACAGCGUCGGCGGGCUCUGGAAGCGCGGGUGGGCUAUGGCCGGGGCGGUCAGCGAAGCCGCCGCGGAGGCCGCCGGAGUGAGGGCGACAACGCUGCAGCAGCGGUGGCCCGCCGCCCCGGCAGAGGGGAGGGCGAGGGAGCGGAGCGUAGUGGAGUACUCAGCCGGACUGAGAGAAGAUCACGGCGAUGAUGAUGGGCGGCGGUUGGAGCGCUCCAGGAGCAACCCGAGCCAACCCUCUCAGCCGCACAGCCAUGAUGACGCGAUCAGGAGGAGCCGUACUGUUACCGUCGAGCCCGCCGCCGUAGCUGGAGGCACCGUGAGCUCAAGUCGGAACCGGGGCACCGUUGGCAACAGCAACAACGAUAAGUACCCCCCGACGACAAGUGGCGGCGCCAGUCUGCGAGACCCCCAGGGGGUGGGAGUGCCGGCGACUGAUGUCCCUGGGUUUCCUCCAACCUCAAUGGGAGGAGGCGGUUUCGGCAGGGAUGGGGAGACGAUGGGACCGGAAGCGCGAGAAGAGGAACGACAUCGUCAAGGAGGGGGAGGGGGGCGUGGACCAACGGAUUUGAACGGAUUGCCGGCGCUACAUGUACCAUCAGCUCUUGCUGCGGUGACGGGAGGCCGUCGGUGGCGGCUCGACCCCGGCAAGGUGGAGCUCAGGCCCGGCGAGCCCAUGGUGCUGCACCGGGACGGAGUGACCUGUGCCCACGUUGUCAGGACCAACGGCGUAGGCCACGGGGGCGACCCGCCGCAGCAACAUCAACCCGGCGCCUCAGCGGCAGUGGGAGCGACAGGGGCAGCGGUGGCGGUAAGCGCCGCCGGCGAAGAGCGUGGGAACCUGACGCUCUGCGCCUCUUCGAAGGACGGCUCACUCAAGAUUUUCGCCUUGGAACGCGAGGCUGGCGGUUCUGGUCCUGUUUCGAAGGCCCACACGAGGCGGCGUGUAGCCGGUGGCGAGAUGGCCAUGUCCUGCUGCGCCCUCACCUCCGACGGAAAACACGCGGUCGCAGGGUCGUGGAACAACAGCAUCCUCGUGUACUCGGUGGAGGCGGCUUGUGUGUUGUCCAGGGUAGAGGGGGCACACGAGGACGGAGUGAGCUGUUUGGCGCUGCACGAAGAGCCGCCAGUUACAUCUGCAGGCGGCGGCAGCAGCGGCGGCGGCAGCAGUAGCGGAGGCCGUCGUAGUCCUGAUCCUCGCCGAAAACUCGUCCUUGCUACUGGGUCAUGGGAUGCAGCCGUAAAGGUAUGGGAGAUCAGUUCCGUCGAGAUGGACCCCGUCCCCGUGCUCGAGCUCUUCGACCUGGAAACCCCCGCACAGGCGCUCUGCAUCGACGGGGCCGGGAAAGCUCUCGCCGCGGGCGGGGAGGACGGGAUGGUUGCGGUCUGGGACAUCGCCACCGGCGCCCUAUCAGCCACCUUCAGCGGCUGUGCCGACCAGAGCCCCAUCGUGUCAAUACGAUGGGCGGAAACCGGGGACGGUGCACAUUCAAUCCCCGGCGGUGGGAUGGCGUGUUUGGUGUUGGCAUCAGCUGUCGGCGAGAUCUGGCGCGUGUCUCCGGUCGGUGUGCCCCUGGGCUCCUUAAGGCUUGACUCAGAGGUGGUGGCCAUGGACAGCGACGGGCGCUGUACCGUGGUGGCGUGCCGGGACGGGUCUUUGCGGCUGCUCGGCUCCCUCGAAGACGGGGGUUUCACGCAGACUGUAGUGAGAGAGUCUGGCCACGCUGGAGAUAUCACCUGCCUCCAUGUGUGCGCCUGGGAUAGCGGCGGUAGCGCUAACAAUGGCGCCGGCAACGCUGCUGUUAUCGUGACCGGUUCGGACGGCGGGGCCGUGAGGGUUUGGGACGUGAUGCAUAGAUAUCGGGUGUAGCUGGCUUUCCUUUCGACAGCGACCGUUUAAUAUCGUAGAGUGUGUAUUGUAGUUAGCAAUGACCGCGUUAACCGACUGGCCAAUGAAAAUACGUCAGUCUAGAGCAGGACGAGCCAAGCAUGCAAGCGUCCUAGUCAGCGGGACUCCCCCGUUUUUAGUUUUUUCUCCGGUUUUUCCUUGAUUUUCUGGACUUGGGCGGGCAGUCAAGGGCGUUGGAGGCUUCACAGACUCUACACUUGUAGGUGGCCGUUUCAAGCUGCUGUUCACAACCAUGCCGCCGUUUAAUCCGUCGGUUCACAAGAGCUUGGCCGGGCGUCCUGGGCGUGAGGACGUAAAUCAUUUGUAGAAGACAAGGAAAAGUGGCAUGUUAACGGUUGAUGUUCGACCUACGCAGGAAACCAAAACAAUAGAAGGACAAUACGAACGCAGGAGUAAAAGCUUGAGGGUUAGUUCCUGUUUUGUUGUAUGGGUUCCAAAAGGGUAUUGGGGCAUAUGGGGCGUUUUAAACGCUUUGUUCUGUACUGUGGAAGGCGGUGUCAUUGGCAAUAUCUGGGUUCUCACUAUGAUGCAGUGUUUUCCUUCUGCAGGUUGCAGUCUAGCCCGAACAGAGACAGGUUACCACGCAGACUAGUGUUGUAGGGGGGAAGGGAGACUAGCAAAUAUUACGAGUGAUGAAAGGUUGUUAGCGACGUUUAUAUGUCCGCUCUUUUUUUUCUGGUGCACGGCCGUCAGUGUUUGAAGGUGGCCUUCAAUUGACAGCGCGGACAGUUGAGCUACAGGUCACCGUACCCUGGGCCGAAGCACCACCUUCGCCCCCGUUUUUUUGUUGUGUCGAGGCUGAAAGUGUGAAUAGAAUAGGGCUUGGGUCGUCCGAAUGAGCUGACUUCCAC